AGAGGGCAUCUCCCGUCAACAUAAUUCUCAAACGGCUCUCUCUCUCUCUCUCUCUCUCUCUCAGGAAUAUAGCCGUUACCAACUUUCCGAUUAUAGAAUUAGACUCUGCGAAACCCUAAAAAUUGAGAGACUCCCCUGCUUUCAUAUAAAUAUCCCCAAGUUUCGUACUUUCUCAAUCACUUCUCUCUGCUCUCUCCCUCCUCUCUCAACAUCAUCAGCUCUUCGCUCUUACACUCUCGCGCUUUGCUCUCUCUACUCGAAUUUGCUAACGUUUUCCUACUCUGCAGGCCUUACUCUGAUUAAUUUCGUUUAAUCUUCAGCUUAAAUCUUCUUUCGUAUAUCCAUUGCUUUUGUGUUUUCUAUUUGUUUGGGAUUUUUCUUUGUGUUUGUUUGUUGAUAAUGGAUACAGGUUUGAAUCGGUGCCCACUUCAAGAACACUUUCUCCCCAGGAAAAGUUCCAAGGAAAAUCUGGAUAGGUUCAUACCCAACAGAUCAGCUAUGGAUUUUGACUAUGCUCACUACGCCCUCACCGAAGGGAGGAAAGGUCAGGAUCAAGCUGCAGCGGUAAGUUCACCAACCAAAGAGGCCUACAGGAAGCAGUUGGCUGAGACCAUGAAUCUCAAUCACACCCGCAUCCUCGCCUUCAGAAACAAACCUCAAGCUCCUAUAGAUCUGCUUCCCACCACUCACUCUGCUUCUCUUCACCAACAGCCUAAAUCCGUGAAACCUCGCAGGUAUAUUCCUCAGACUUCUGAGAGAACCUUAGAUGCACCUGACAUUAUGGAUGACUUCUACCUCAACUUGCUGGACUGGGGCAGUGCUAAUGUCCUAGCCAUAGCCUUGGGGCACACUGUUUAUUUGUGGGAUGCUUCCACUGGUUCUACAUCUGAGCUUGUCACCGUUGAUGAAGAGAUGGGACCUGUCACAAGUAUCAACUGGGCUCCUGAUGGUCGUCAUGUUGCAGUUGGACUCAACAACUCUGAAGUCCAGCUCUGGGAUUCCGCUUCAAACCGUCAACUGAGAACAUUGAAGGGUGGUCACCAGUCAAGGGUAGGAUCAUUGGCAUGGAACAAUCACAUCUUGACUACUGGAGGAAUGGAUGGACAGAUCAUCAACAAUGAUGUGAGGAUCAGAUCACCCAUCGUGGAGACUUACCGAGGCCACACUCAAGAGGUUUGUGGUCUGAAGUGGUCAGGAUCUGGACAGCAACUAGCAAGUGGUGGCAACGACAAUGUGGUACACAUAUGGGAUCCUUCUGUUGCCUCCUCAAACUCAACCACGCAAUGGCUGCACAGGCUUGAGGAACAUACAUCUGCUGUGAAAGCUCUUGCGUGGUGCCCUUUCCAAGCGAAUUUGCUUGCAACUGGUGGUGGUGGAGGAGACAGGACAAUCAAGUUCUGGAAUACUCACACCGGGGCCUGCUUGAAUUCAGUAGACACUGGUUCCCAAGUUUGUUCGUUGUUAUGGAGCAAGAAUGAAAGAGAGUUGCUUAGUUCACAUGGGUUCACACAGAAUCAGCUUACACUUUGGAAGUACCCUUCCAUGGUGAAAAUGGCUGAGCUCACCGGUCAUACAUCAAGAGUUCUAUAUAUGGCCCAGAGUCCAGAUGGUUGUACUGUAGCUUCAGCAGCAGGAGAUGAGACUCUGAGAUUCUGGAAUGUUUUUGGAGUACCAGAGACCGCCAAAAAAGUUGCUCCAAAAGCUGUUUCCGAGCCAUUUUCUCACGUGAAUCGUAUUCGUUGAAGUUGUGACUAAACAAUAAGGAAACCCAUUUGAUCGUUACAAAAAAAAAAUAUGUAGUUUUUAA